UGAUAAAUAUAUAAUUUUUGAAAAUCUAAAUGUCAGUAACUCCAGGCGAAGAGGUAGCGCAAGAAGAGGUUGCCCCUGGCAACCCUCUCGAGAGCAAGCUUGCAACCUACAAACAGAAGUUAAAGAUUCUUAAAUAAGGCAUAUAUUGAGGAACAGAGUGAAAAGGAGGCUUUUAAGAAACAAAUCCUUUCCUUAUGUAACACAAAUGAGAAGCUACAGAAAGAUUUAGAAGAGAUGGAGCAGAAGUACCUCAACUGAUACCGGAAUAACCAAGAGCUUCAUGACCAGAUUAUUCAAGAGAAAUCUAAUACCUCCGGAAGUAGAGGUAGCCUCUACUGGGGUAACAACUCCACAAAGGAGUCUGAUCGAAAGUACAGCUCUGGUUCUGCUAAUGGGCAAAACGAGCAGGUACUGACUCUAAAAAUCAAUCAACUUGAGGAGAAGAUCAAACAUCUUAAGGAUGAAAUUGAAGAGAAAGAGCAUGAAAUCGAAGAGAAGCAGCAUGAAACCCGAGACACAGAAGAUCGACUCAGAGAAGUAGCCAAGGAGCUCAGCCAAUACAAGGAUGAAUUCGAGACCGAGAAGACCAAGCUCCAUGAACAAUUUGAUGCAAAGAAGAAAGAAUUAGAUACUAAAAUCCAGAGAAUUCUUGCUGAAGAGCAGGAGUUUAAAGCAGCCCAAGAAAGAAUAGCUAAAGAUAAAAUUCAAGAAGUUGUAGAGAAGGAGACUAAAGAGAGGGAUGCUCUUAAGGAAAGAAUAGAGGUACUGGAAAAGGAGCUAAAUGAUAAAGAUGACCAAUUUCUUAAGCAAGGAGUCCAGAUGGAUGAAAUCAAGACCAAAUUGACCAUAUCUCAAGAGAACGAGGUGAAGCUUCAGAAUGAUAACGAUUGUCAGAAAGAGAUGAUCGAAGCAAUGCAAAAGAUCUUACAGAAACACGAGAAGGACAACCAGAUGCUAGCAGAGAAAUUGGUAGCUUUUAAGCAGCAAAUCAUUGAUUCUGAUAAGUUCAAGACUGAGAACCAGAAGUAUGAGGGGCUCAGGUACACCUCUUUUGGGAAAGGUCGCGCUACUCUGUACUUCAUCGAGGAGAAUGUUGGGAAUAAUAAGACCGAUACUAAAUUCUCCCUCGUACUAGAGUACGGUAGUGGGAAAGCAUUUAAAAUUUCUAUUGCAGAAAUGACAGAUUUUUAUAAGAUAGAGGGCACCAAUCAAAUAUGAUUCUCAUGGCCAGACAAAUCAUGGCUAAAGAAGAACAGAACAGAGACUUUUGAGACCCCUUAUGCAGAGAUUAUUGUGGAGAAGUAUCUCAGAAUUAUAGAAGAAAUGGAAGAAAUCCAAGAGAGACAUACACCAGCUUAA